AGUGCCUUGUGGGUAGCCGGCCAGGGGUCUCCUGGCGACAACCAUGGCGGGGGAUGUGGGCGGUCGCAGCUGCACGGACGCGGAGCUGCUGCUGCACCCUGAGCUGCUAUCCCAGGAGUUCCUCCUCCUCACCCUGGAGCAGAAGAACAUACCAGUUGAAAAUGAGGUAAGGGUAAACAAAGACAACCUUACCGACCUUUAUGUCCAGCAUGCCAUACCAUUGCCUCAGAGGGAUUUGCCAAAGAAUCGAUGGGGGAAGAUGAUGGAGAAGAAAAGAGAGCACCAUGAAGUGAAAAAUGACACCAAAAGGAGUAGUGCUGUAGAUGGGUUAAGGAAAAGACCCCUCAUUGUGUUCGAUGGGAGCUCAACGAGCACAAGCAUCAAAGUGAAAAAGACGGAGAACGGAGCAGACGACCGGCUCAAGCCUCUUGCCCGGACAGGCUCCACCAGCAACGCCUUCUGGAAAUCACCAAAUUCCUCUUCACAGAUUUCACCCCUAGUAUUGUUUUCCAAUUUGCCUGUGAACAAUAAAAUGGAGCACAAUAAUAAUGACACUAAACAGAACCAUGACUUAAUGCAUAGGAAAAGUCCUUCGGGUCCAGUGAAGUCACCACCUCUGUCCCCUGUUGGAACUACUCCUGUGAAAUUAAAGCGGGCUGCUCCUAAGGAAGAGGCAGAGGCCACAAAUCACCUGAAGCCUCCAGAGGUGAAGAGGAAGAUACAGCAUGUUACAUGGCCGUGAAAGCAAGCCUCCAAAAUAUAAACAGAGCUGCAGCCACAGUUUUCAGAUGAGUCCACAGUAUCUACAGUAAUACUGUGGGAUUUUCUUGAGGUUUAAGAUAGGUUUGGAAAAUGAGUCUUUUCCUUCUCUCCCUCCCUCUAUUCCUUCUUCCCUUCCUUACAAUGUCUUGACUUUCAUGUCCCAAUUAGGGAAGAAUUUCUUUUUAAAAGAGAGCUUUGUACACAUCCUCUACAAAUUCUUUUCCUAAGCAGAAGCAUAAAGCAGUUCACAGUAUUGUGGCAAAUAUUGCCACCUGCAUCUUGAAGGGUUCGCCAAGGAAAGUGUGUUGAUGGUGUUGAUGGAAAAGCUUUCUGCUCUUUAGUUAUGUAUGCCACUCUGCCCCGCAGAAAGCAAAAGGGAAGUCGGGG